CCGAUAACCAGCCAGAGUACAGAUCUGAGCACAACGUGAUGAGGGGAUGUCUGACCUGCCGCCAGCGCCAUAUCAAAUGUGACAAGACCGAGGACCAGUGUCUUCGCUGUCGGCGAUCGGGACGAGAAUGCAUACCCGCGCCUACAAAACCAGAAGAGGUCACUUUUCGCCAUGGCCAGAACCCUUCGCUGCGACCCAGCGGUCCCCCGCGAUACGGAGAGAGUGACCUCGUGUUUCCAACCGACCAAGUGUGGGUUUCGUUGCCGACUCAAGUUUCUUUCGAAGAUGAAACAGACCGAACUGCGGCGGAUUAUCGAGUGGUGUCCCUGGAUGGUUCGCCCUUUCACCUGAAACAUGCGCCCGAAAACUUACCUUCGUCACCCAACGGGGCGCUGCACUCGCCUUUUGCCUCGCAUUCGCUUCAGUCUCCUAACUUCGCAGGACCAUCUCGAGCUCGCUCGGUUCAGCGCCCUGUUGUCCCACACAUACCCUUCCCGUCGACAGAUUUUGCCAGCGCACAGAAGCUGCGUAGUUUCAACGAAGCCUUCCUCCUCCGACAUUUCCGAAAGACACUCGGUCCCUGGCUAGACGUGUGCGAUAGUCAGAGUCAUUUUUCCGUGGAUGUGGCCGAACGAGCACCCGCACACCCUCUCUUGUUAUACGCGUGUCUCGCCAUAUCAGCGCGCCAUCUUUCUUACACGAACAACACCGUUCCGCCAGAAACUGCAGAUGGAUAUCAUGAGCGAUGCAUUGAGAUCCUCAAGACGGUUCUGGAAAACAGGGACUACGGAAUCAGCAUUGAUAUACUCCUUACUUCUACCGUAAUUCUACGGUUUUUCGAGCAGAUAUCCUCUCACAGUCCCUCGAAUGACCUCCAAAGUCACCUUCUCGCCGGUUCCGUAUAUAUCAGCUCCCAACUAGACUGUGCCGUAUCUGGGGGACUUGCAGAAGCCUCUUUCUGGGUCUUUGUGAUGCAGGAUAUACAGUUCGCGUUGAUGUUUCAAAGACCUUUACGUUUGACUUUGAGUCCGUUCGCAGAGAAGCUUUAUCCUGCAUGGCAACACAGGACGGCUCAGGAUGACCGGGACUGGACGCAUAAAGCCAUCUGGCUUCUCGCGGAAACAAUCAACUACUGUUAUGGAGCAGAAAACUCGGUACACAUAGAUCCGAUUGAUGGCAAUGCUUUGAGGCAACGAGUUAAUGCCUGGGAAAGGAUGAAACCAGACACAUUCAGGCCGUUACACUAUUCCGGCCGAGAUCCGGGAUGUGGAAGGCCUUUUCCAGUCAUCUGGUUCACCAACACAUUACAUGCUGCGGCAAUACAACACAUCUCUAUGGCCAAGAUCUUGUUCCAGCAACAUGAGCUUCAAGCCAUGCAACCGAUGCCACAGAUCAGAGAGGCCAUCCAGGGAUUUGAGGACGAAAUCAUUCUUAAUCUGGGAACCAUUUUCGGCAUAGCCCUGUCGGCAGAGAAUGAUCUAGCCUUACGGAUCAUGGCAGGGCAUGCACUCUGCGCAUGCGGUACUUGGAUCCGUGACUCGCUGGCUCAAACAUGCCUACUGGAUCUUUUACGCAGGACAGAGGUCGAGAACGGGUGGCCUUGGGCAUUUGUUAUACAAAAGCUCAGUCAAGAAUGGCACCAGACUGCAAGAUAACGACCUGAGCGUCAGGCACACUUCGAGCUUCAAAUUGUGUCGAUCGCAUACCUUCAAUCGGCUGGACAACUGCUGAAUUACAGUCGAAGAUCGCUGGCUCAUAUGUCACAGAACUUCAGGUUUGUUGCAUCGAGGCUUGCGCCGCUUAUUUCCGGCGCCACCCGGUGGCCAGCAAUGCUCGGCCGGCCCGACAUCAUGGCGCUUAUUUGCAGACUGCAUAUGAUCAAGGGGCAAUCACAGAAUGUCCCGUCUGCAUAAGCAAAGAAAUGCACGCCUACUUUGGCGGCAAGACGAGCGAACACAUCACGAUUGUGUUUAAGUCAGACGUCUGCCCUAUUUACUCCCUACAGCAACCGCGGAACGUUGCAAUCCGAUUCAAAAAGUUAUUUCCUUUAUGAUACCAUAGAAUCUCAGG